GACACUUGCUUUUCGGAGGACACAUACCAAGCAAGAAAUGUUGCUGCUCAGCUCUUUGGUGUUACUGGCUCUGCUAGGAUUUGCAGGUUCCUCUUCAUCAUGUUAUGCUGGCAUAGAUGGUAAUUUCAUCAUGUGCUCUACCUGUGGAGGGAGCUGUAACGAUACUUCUGGUUGCAAGUGUGUCAAUCAAACAUCAUGUAUCCCUGAAACUGGAAGCUGCAAUUUGAAUUCUUCAGCUUGCUGUCUUGCUGGCCUCUCCUGGAACCCAGACCUUGCAUGCUGUAUAGAGGGACCAUAUUGCAACCCCCAGUGCCUAAUUGAUGAAAAUUGCACAUUUGUGAAUCAAACUUCAACAUGCACAGUAAACACUGCCUUCUAUCAAAACAAAAAUCUAAGUAUCAAUAAUAUUACUGCAUCUGUGACCUGUAAAGGUGGCAACAUGACAGCAUCUGUAAAUAAGAACAUAUUGGAUUUUCUUCAUUACACACCAAUCAAUGCCAGUUUGUCAGACCCCACUUGUACUGAAUUUAAUGUGUCAAUUGUCGACGGAGUGCGUAUAUACUCCGUAACUGUUUCAGGCAGAGUUGGUACCUGUGGGAAUUCUAUGCAGAAAACUACAGACAAAGUGACAUACACAAAUACUCUUCAUAUUUCAAAAUAUUCUGCUUCUGGAAUUGUUUCAUCUAGCAAUAUCAGUGUCCAGUUUUCCUGCACAUAUAACCUGACUAUGCAGACUUCACUAUCAACAGUAUACAAACCAGUAAUGAGUUCACAGAACCUAGACACUGGAAGUUCCUCAGGUGAUUCCACAACAACCAUAGCAGUAUAUGAAAAUCCAACAUAUACUCAACCUAUACUUCAGCAGGAUCAGCAGGAGCUCUCUGUAGGCUCAACAUUGUAUUUUGGGAUGACCACACAGUUCCCAGACCCAGUGUUUGUCCUGAGAGUGGAGACAUGCUUUUCCACCCCUACCAGUGAUGGCAGUGGACAAAUUAAAGUGAUCCUAAUCCAAAAUGGCUGUCCAACAAAUGAGGGACCAUAUAUUGAAGUUGAAGAAAAUGGAAAAUCUAAAGAGGUCAGAUUCAGCAUUACUUCGUAUGCUUUCCCAGGCUCUAAUACUGUCUUCAUUUUCUGUGAUGCCCGCUUGUGCAAUACAGCAUCGGAAUCUUGCGCUACUUGUGCAUCUUCUCGUGAUCAAUCUGGCAUUCCAAGACUUACUCAAUUCUCACUUGGACCUUUUCAAUUCAUAGACACUGAAAAUUCUUGUUCUCACAUAGCUUUGUCUGUUGCUGUGCUGCUGUGCAGUUUGUUGACACUAUGGAUCCUCUGAUUCUUAUCAAAUUCACUCAGAUGUCAGAUGGACUUCACCUGUUCAUAUUACUAUGGAACUAAAAAAUUAUUUGGAUACACACUUACCUCAGGCAUAUCAUAGAUAGUAUCUUCCUACAGAUUGCGGUUUUACUAUGUAUUCUGUUGUAUGUUUGAGGAUUUCAAGUACACUAUUGCGAAUCUUAAUAUACUUAUUAUACUGUGAUUCACUUGUUCAUUGAUAUACGUAUAGAAGUUAAAACCAGCUAUGCUUCUCAUAAUUAUAUGACCUAUUCAAUGAAUAUAAGUAGAACUAUAAAUGUAGUAUUGUGAAAGAAAGUUCACGAAUAUAAAUUACUUUUCCAUACGUCCUUAAAAUUAUAAAUUGCCACUACCAAAAAUUAUAAGCAUGUACAUUUUUUUGUAAACUAUUUUAUGCAGGUUAUAUGGCAAGAUAUAUUGUCAUAAUUUGAA